AUGCUAGCGAGCUGGGCUUACACUCCUUUACUAGGCGGUACUGCAGCAUGCGUCCUUGCUGGCAGGCUACAGAUGGCAGAUCCUUCCCUCUCAAUCCUUAUCAUCGAGGAAGGCAGAGACAACUACGACGAUCCCACCGUCCGAACGCCAGCACUAUUCCUGGCUCACAUGGCGCCUGACUCGACUUCCGCUGUUUUUCUCCCCUCCAAGCCUACCGAACAAGUUGGAGGUCGAUCAAUCAUUAUUCCCCGUGCGGCCAUUCUCGGUGGUGCCAGCUCCAUCAACUUCAUGAUGUACUGUCGGGCGCAAGGGGUCGACUUCGAUGAGUGGAAGACCGAAGGCUGGACUCGCGAAGACAUGAUCCCACUUCUAAAAAGGUUGGAGACAUAUCACCCGGGCACCAAACAGGCAAAUGAAAGCAUCCAUGGUACUUCCGGACCCAUCAGUGUAUCUCUAGGUUCCUGGCCUAAGACUUCAUAUUCUUCUCAGUUCUUGAAGGCAGCUGCUCAAUGUGGUAUGCCCUGGAGGGACGACCUGCAAGACCUGGAAACAUCGGCUGGCUUUGAGCGAAUGCACAAAUUUAUCUCCCCGCAGGGUGUGCGUCAAGACGCAGCUCACACUUACCUCCAUCCCUUGCUCCAUGACGGCGCUCAUCCAAACCUCAAGGUCCUCCUACGCACUAAAGUCAGUCGCGUGCUUUUUGAUGACCAGAAUCGAGCGACGGGUGUUGAGUAUGUCUUUACAGAGCCGUCAAGCUCUGAAAAUCCUCCAAAACCGACCCAGGGAGUUGUGCGAGCCGGCAAACUUGUCGUUGUAUGCGCUGGUGCUCUUGCUUCCCCUGCUAUCCUUGAGCGCUCAGGAAUUGGUGAACGAGCUCGUCUCGAGACGCUCGGUAUCCCGGUCGUAAGUGAGCUGCCUGGUGUCGGUGAAAGAUACCAGGACCACCCAUUUAUCCAUUUCUCGUACAAGUCUUCGCUCCCUGAAGACGAGACCCUAGACUGGUUGUUCCGCAACCCUACAAAGGUCCCAGAGCUUAUGGCUCAGAGCAAUCUCGUUCUUGGAACCAAUGGCCUCGAAAUCUUUGGGCGUUGGCGCCCAUCAACCUCAGAGGUUGAGAAAAUUGGCAACCCAACCCUGACCAAAAUCUGGAAGGAAGAAUUUCUGCCGUAUCCCUCAAGACCACUGAUGCUCACUGGUUCUUUUGCUGGUUAUCUCGGUCCUCCUACCGAUGUGCCACUCGGGCAGUACUUUACGAUUGGUAAUUACAUCCCCUAUCCGCGAUCUCGGGGUUACGUGCACAUUACAAGAAAGGACGUUGAUGCACCCCUAGAGAUCAGCACCGGCUUCUUCGAAGGUGCUGGGGACGUCGACUUGGAUGUACAUGUAUGGGCGUACAAGCGAACCAGGGAGAUCGCUCGGCGACUAAAUAGUUAUCGUGGAGAGGCGACCAUCGGACACCCGACAUUCGCCGCUAGUUCAAAGGCGGCUCUCGUGGCCCUCGACACCAGUGCGGCAGCAGAGGCAGCUAAACAUGGCAAGCAGCUGGAAGACCUUGAAUAUUCAGCUGAAGAUGACGAGGCAAUCAAGGCCUGCAUCAGAGAGCGCGUUGCGACUGCGUGGCAUUACUUGGGUUCUGCACAAAUGCGGCCACGCGAAGAAGGAGGAGUGGUGGACAAAGAUCUGAAUGUGUAUGGUGUCAGCAAGCUAAAGAUUGCAGAUCUAUCGAUUGUUCCAUCGAAUGUCGCUGCGAACACGUACAACACUGCUUUGGCCGUCGGGGAGAAAGCUGCGGACAUCAUUGCACGAGAAUUGGGUGUUACCAUUGUAUAG